AGAGGAGGAGUAGCUGGUGCAGUAACAACAUCCUGGAUAUUGGAGCCUGGCGGCGCACACUUGCACACGGCUGCAGAAAUAAAGGAGGACCCAAGACGUAAGGGAGGCGGCGGUGGUAGUCGCAAACGAUUCACAGACAUGAACGUGAACUUGGCAACUUUCAGGCACUAAUUGUGGAUUUAUGGUCUAUGGCGCGGAUUUAUCCCGAGGCACCGACAAGGUGAUGCAGCAGCGGCAGGACGGGAUCAGUCCGCUACACGGCUGCCUGCUGAAUGCCUUUACUGGAGGAAAAAGGCGCAGCACACGUCCAGCGCAGGCCUGCUUGAUCCUUUAUUAAAAUAAGACAGUAUGUAGAGAGGAUCAUCUAGCGGCUGGGAAACACCCGUGGUUUACUUUCAUUAUUGUAUCGGCUCUCCGGUUCAGAGUCGCUGCCACGGCAUCAAGCGGAUCAGGCCUGGGCUGAACCACCGGGCGCGCUUCGCGAUAUUAUUUACCGUUCAAAGAGCACUAAUGAGACGGGAACUUUUAUCGUUAACACGGAUAACGAAAGCACGCCUCGUGCUGUAACAUUGUGUUUACCAUCCGCUUGGCCAGAUUUCUUUACGUUUACAUAUGUUGUUUUCUUAUCAAACUGCUUUCCCCUGUCGAUAACAGAUCGUUGUAUUGCUAGUUUAAGAUAAACAGUUCGCCUAACGGGAGGUUAGGGUGGACGUGAAGAUAACGACUCGAACCAACCCGUUCUGACCCACAGAAGCUUUCGGAUCAAAGCGAGGAUCAUGUAUCAGAAUGAUGAAAAGACCCUCACGAGCAAGUGGAAUCAGCUGUGAUCUACGGGACAACUCUAUUUCUAAGAGAUAAGCAGACAUUCGGCAGUAAAGCUCCACAAUGAGAUAAUAGUGUGGCUUACGCAAAAACGACCUUGACACUUAUCCCUCCAUAUUUCAGUUCUUUAUUAAAAUAUGACCACGCCGGCUCUAUUGCCGCUAUCGGGACGUAGGAUACCUACCCUCUCGCCAGGUGCCUCCUCAUUCCCCCAUCACAGAGCCACCUUAAGGCUCUCAGAGAAGUUCAUCCUCCUCCUCAUCCUCAGUGCCUUCAUCACCUUGUGCUUCGGAGCGUUUUUUUUUCUCCCGGACAAUUCCAAACACAAGCGCUUUGACUUUGGUUUGGAGGACGUGUUGAUACCGCACAUCGAAUCAGAAAAGGAGUCGAGGCACAGCAGCAGACAGGUCAUACAUGGCGUAGGAGGUCAUGACGAGCAUCGGCACAGGGAAGAAGAGGAGAGCCUUCGUGACAAGAUCCGUGCAGAUCAUGAGCGUGCACUGCAGGAAGCCAAGGAAAAGCUCCGCAAAUCCAAAGAGGAGCUGAAGGCAGAGAUCCAGACAGAGAAGACCAAGGUAGCCGAGGACCUGAAGAAGAAAGAUGGACCCAAACCAUUGCCUCCUGUACCUAUGCCCAAACUGGUAGGGGUCAGUGACGGUGACCCAGGGGAUCCUGACACCAAGGAAAAGAGGGACAAAAUCAGAGAGAUGAUGAAACAUGCAUGGGACAGCUACAGGCAAUACGGCUGGGGCCACAACGAGCUCAAACCCAUCGCCAAGAAAGGACAUUCCACCAAUAUCUUCGGUAAUUCCCAGAUGGGGGCCACUAUAGUAGAUGCCCUGGAUACCCUUUACAUAAUGGGCCUCCACGAUGAGUUUAAGGAUGGCCAGGAGUGGAUCGAGCAAAACUUGGAUUUCAGUGUGAAUGCAGAAGUAUCAGUCUUUGAGGUCAACAUCCGCUUCAUUGGAGGGCUUCUGGCUGCAUACUACCUCUCUGGACAGGAGGUUUUUAAGUUGAAGGCUGUCCAGCUGGCAGAAAAACUGCUUCCUGCCUUCAACACCCCAACAGGCAUCCCUUGGGCCAUGGUCAAUUUGAAGAGUGGAGUGGGCCGUAACUGGGGCUGGGCUUCAGCUGGAAGCAGUAUUCUGGCUGAAUUUGGGACGCUGCACAUGGAGUUUGUGCACCUGACAUAUCUGACUGGAAACCCUGCCUACUAUCAGAAGGUGAUGCACAUACGGAAACUGUUGGCUAAAAUGGACAGACCCAACGGGCUUUACCCCAACUACCUGAACCCACGCACAGGACGCUGGGGCCAGCAUCACACCUCAGUAGGUGGACUGGGUGAUAGUUUCUACGAGUACCUGUUGAAGGCCUGGAUAAUGUCUGAUAAAACGGACACAGAGGCACGCAAGACCUAUGAUGAUGCCAUCGAGGCUAUCGAGCGCCACCUCAUCCGGAAGUCCAACGGUGGCCUUACUUUCAUUGGCGAGUGGAAAAACGGGCACUUGGAGCGUAAGAUGGGUCACCUGACUUGCUUUGCUGGGGGCAUGUUUGCCCUGGGGGCUGAUGGGUCGCCGGAUGAUAAAGCUGGACACUAUCUGCAGCUCGGAGCAGAGAUUGCACACACCUGCCAUGAAAGCUACGAUCGCACUGUGCUGAAGCUCGGUCCAGAGGCCUUUAAGUUCGACAGUGGGCUGGAGGCAGUGGCUGUGAGACAGAACGAGAAAUACUAUAUCCUGAGGCCUGAGGUCAUCGAGACGUACUGGUACAUGUGGAGAUUUACCCACGAUCCCAAAUACAGGCAGUGGGGCUGGGAAGCUGCGCAGGCUAUAGAUAAAUACUGCCGAGUAAGCGGAGGAUUCUCUGGUGUUAAAGACGUCUACUCCUCCAACCCCACCUACGAUGAUGUCCAGCAAAGCUUCUUCCUGGCUGAAACGCUCAAGUAUCUCUAUCUACUUUUCUCCAGCGAUGAGCUGCUGCCUCUUGAGAACUGGGUGUUUAACACAGAGGCCCAUCCUCUGCCCGUCCUGCACCUGGGCAACAUCACCCUGCCUGGCAGCGAGACCCAGCGGUAGAGCGGACUCACCGGGGGGGCGCUCUCCCCCUCGCUCGCCCCUUUUCUAAACACCUCCCUCCUUGUGAAAGACAGCAGCUGCCAGUGCAAAGGAGAGGAAUGAACUGUACCUCCCGGACUGUGAAUCAAGGGACUGCAGUGAACGGAAGAGACCAGAACAGACCCAUCUCUCUUUAUCUAUGUCUCUCUCAUAUAUUCUCUGAAGGACAGACUGCUGGAUUGAUCGUGUCUCUCUCUCUCUCUUAUGGCCGCUGGUCUGACAUGUCCGUACACACUGUACACGCAUUAGCAGACUAAAUGACCCUCUGAAAUAGAGGUGUGUUUCUCACUUGGGGAAGGAUUUUAACAAGUUCAUUUGUUCUUUUUUUUUUUUUUUUUUUUCUCUCCAAUUUGGCGGCAUUUCAUAUCAUCAGCUCAGUGCUAAACCACUUCAAAAUGAUGGAUAAAUGGUUCUCUGACCAGACCGCUUUCAGAGUAUUUCUCUUUCUGAGCUGGGCUCCUGGAGAUGCCAGAUGUUGGAUGUGACCUCCUGUGAAAUCCUUCUCCAGCCGAGGCUGAAUUUAGGCCAGAAGCACCCAGGAAUGUUCUUUUCUCCAGCAUUUCUCUUUAAACAGUCUCUCCGGUGUCUCUCUAAGGUUUUCGGGUAAAAAUGGACAAAUGCUGCUAUCGAACAGUUGCUGUCUGUGACACAGUCACCACCGUCAUUCCAGAAACCUGCGUUUUCUGCAUUGUUCCAUUCCCAUCUUUUUUUUUUUUUUUUUCAUCCAUUGUGAAUGCCCAGAAUGUCAUUCAUACUGCAUUCUGAAAUACAGAUGGACUGAUGGUUGAUUUUGCAACACUUGAGUAACUGUAACUUGUGGGUAAAAGUCACGGUGCUUUAGAUGCUAAUGCUCAUGGCCAUCAUCAUUUGUUUUCAUUUGUCGAUAGAUCAGACCAGAUUCUUUCAACAGCCAAGAUUUA